CCGCCCCUUCCUACCAGCUUCCGUCCAGACUAAGGAAUCCUAUGCAGGGUGGCAGUCGCCUGGGCCGCUCUGCCCGCUGCCGGAGCCCGAGCCCCGCGUCCCCGGCUGGGUUCCGGGGGCGGCUUGCCAUCUCCUCCAGCGUCUUUUACAGCUAUGCCUUCACAUGACGCUGCCGUUGCCCACGAGGAGGUAGACCUGGGGAGGACAAGAUGGCCCCUGUGCUCCUGUCAGCUGGGACCCCACAGCAGUCGGUGACAUUCAAGGAUGUGGCUGUUGACUUCACCAAGGAGGAGUGGGGGCACCUGGACCCUUCUCAGAAGGAGUUUUACAGGGAUGUGAUGCUGGAGAACUACAGGAACCUGGUCGGCUUGGGACUUGCAUUUUCCAAACCAUAUGUCAUCUGUCAGUUGGAGCGAAGGGAAGCGCCGUGGAUUCCGGAAGGAGGCAUACCAAGGGUUAGCCAUCCAGAUUGGGAAACUAAGUAUGAAUCUACAGAGUCUCCUCCAUCCCAGGAAAUACUCAAGAGGGAUGGUUUUCUCCUUUCCUCAUUAGGAGAAUCCUUGGAAUGUAAUGCCAAGUUAGAAAAUCAUCUGAGGAAUAAAGAGAAACACUUCUGGGAAGUCAAAAUCACCCAAAAGAAACAUCCCAAUAAAUUUGAAGUCCAGGAAAAUAAUAGUUAUUGCAGAAGCUUCAAUCUAGGGCCUCUUCUUUUCCCACAGCAGAUAGUAGGAAAGAGUCUGAAUAUGUGUGACACAGAUGGAGAGUACUUUAGACUGCAUACAGAUGGAAGAAAAUGUAGUAGUAAGUGCUCAAAUAAAAUCUCAUCUAAAUAUAGGAAAUGCUUUAUGUAUAAUUCAGCCUUUGUUGACAGUGGCAGAAUAUGUAUUAGAGAGAAGCUUUAUGAUUGUAAUGAAUAUGAGAUGACCAACCCAAGGAAAGGAUUUAUUCUUCAUGAGAAAAUGUAUCCUGGAGAGAAACCUUAUGAAAAUAAUAAACAUGGGAGCACCUUUUGCCUAAGGAUGGAGAUUCCUGGAUAUCAGAAUAUUCUUAUUGGUGAGAAACCUUAUCAGUGUAAUAUAUGUGGCAAGACCUUUCGACUAAAAGCACAACUUAACCAACAUCAGACGAUUCAUACUGGUGAGAAGCCUUAUCUGUGUAAUGAAUGUGGAAAGGCCUUUCGACUCAAAAGACAACUUCAUGAACAUCAGAAAAUUCAUACUGGUGAGAAACCAUAUCAGUGUAAUGAAUGUGGGAAGGCCUUCUGCAGGCGUUCAAAUCUCACUGAACAUCAGAGAAUUCAUACUGGUGAGAAACCUUAUGAAUGUCAUGAAUGUGGCAGGGCCUUCUGCCUGAGUGCAGCUCUUACUAAACAUCAAAGAAUUCAUACUGGUGAGAAACCCUAUGAAUGUAAUAUAUGUAGGAAGGCCUUUAGACUUAAAGCGCAGCUUAAUCAACACCAGUCGAUUCAUACGGGUGAGAAACCAUUUGAAUGUAAUGAAUGUGGCAAGGCUUUCCGUCAGAAAGGACAGCUUAAUGAACAUCAGAAAAUUCAUACUGGUGAGAAACCUUAUCAGUGUAAUGAAUGUGGCAAGGCCUUCUGCAGGCGUUCAAAUCUCACUGAACAUCAGAGAAUUCAUACUGGUGAGAAACCUUAUGAAUGUCAGGAAUGUGGGAGGGCCUUCUGCCUGAACACAACUCUUACUGAACACCAGAGAAUUCAUACUGGUGAGAAACCUCAUGAAUGUAUCGAAUGUGGGAAAACUUUCCGACUAAAAGCACAGCUCAAUCAACAUCGCAGAGUUCAUACUGGAGAAAAGCCUUACAAAUGUAAUCACUGUGGGAAGGCAUUUUGUAGGCGCUCUAACCUUACUGAGCAUCAGAAAAUUCAUACUGGAGAGAAACCAUAUGAAUGUAUGGAAUGUGGGAAAGCCUUUAGCCAGAAAGUAAAACUUAUUCAACAUCAGACAAUUCAUACUGGUGAGAAACCUUAUGAAUGUAAUGAAUGUGAGAAAUCUUUUCGUCUGAGCACAGCACUUAGCGAACACCAGAGAGUUCAUACUGGAGAGAAACCUUAUGAAUGCAAUGAAUGUGGAAAGGCCUUCCGGUUAAAAGCACAGCUUAAUCAACAUCAGAGAAUUCAUACUGGAGAGAAACCUUAUGAAUGUGAUAAAUGUAAGAAGGCCUUCUGUUGGGGAACACAGCUUAUAGAACAUAAAAGAAUUCAUUCUGGAGUAAAACCUUAUGAAUGUAGUGAGUGUGCAGUAUCAUUCCACUUGAGAAGAGAGUAUACUCAACAUCAGAGAAUUCAUUCUACAAAGAAAACGUGGAUAUAAUGAUUGAGGCAACGCUUUGUUUCUGAGCAAGUACUGUAGUCAUCAUCAGCUCAGAUUAAUCAGAAAAAACUUAUGUAUAUAAUGAAUAUUGAAAGCCUUUAAACCAGAGCACAAAAUUUAUUUAACAUCAGAUGAAUAUAACAAAUACAUGAAAUGCUUAAGCUAGAGUUAUCAUCCUAUACCAAAAAUUAGAGAACUGAAACUUGGGGAAAACCCUUUCUCAUAGAGCUAUUCCAGUUCUAUUCCUUCUGAACUCUACCAUGCCAAACUUAUUCCAUAUGACUUAGACUCUUCAUUUACUGAGAAAGUUGGGGACCAUUUCAUAGAUGGUUCCUCAAAUUGCCUACUUACCCAUCUGAGGGCUAUCAGCCAUGCACACUCACUCCUGUCACAAAGGAAAAAAUAUCCUUCCCCUUCUCUAAGAUUAUUUCCUUACUCUGCUUAAUCCCAUUUCCUUCCUUGCUAAUUCCAGGAUAUUAAUCCAGCAAUGAUGUAUUUUCAUUUUAUUAAUCUAAAACAAGAUAUUCCCAGCAGUCUGCAGUUAAACUGUCCAAUUAAAGAAAUGCUGGGGUUUAUUAUUAUUAUAUGUAACUCACUGUGCUUAUAUAGAUACAUACAAAAAUUUUUUAAAGCCAUGGUCUUCUCAGAGCUUAUUUUUUUUUUUUUGGUGAGGCAAUUGGAGUUGUGACUU